AUCUGACAGUGCGUUUGUGUUUAAUCCUUACAAACGUAAUGAUUUAAUGACAGGAGGAUCAAAUGUUUACCAUGAUGACAUAAGCGUUCUGCCCCAUAAAGAUUACAUAAAAAAUAAUGAACUGUUAGGGGCUGAUCAAGCACCAGUAAGGAAAAACAUUAUUAUUUUUAUCACCUUGCCAGAUUUGCGCAAGUGUUAACUAUGUUAACCAAAUACUGAAUAUGUCUCUUGAUAACAGAGAACGUUUAAAGAAGUUAGAAAAGAUCUCUCCACAUUUCGGUAAUACGACAACACUUCUUAAAGAUAGUAGGUUCAUAUUUAAUGAAAAUACACUUGGUUAUAUAAAGCUAUCAGUAAGCAAGUUAUCACUUUUUAUGUUCAUUCAAGAAUUCAGUGUCUGUUGUGAACAAGAUGGGCUCAUGUAUUGUGUGAUGUCUGUAGGCAGUUUUCACUUAUCUGUUGUUCACACCGUGUAAAGAAACUUUUUGGAGUACCUAUAAAAGAAAUUUAGUAAAUAGUGGCCUUGAUGAUCUAUGAUCAUAAGCACUGUGUCUGAGGUAACUGUUUGAGUCUGGUUGCAUACAGGUUAUUUAAAAUGUACUGUUUUUACUGUCAACCUUUUCUGACCCUUCCUUCCAUUGUGGAAUGGCAGCGUCUUUAGAGAUGCUGGUCAUUCAUGCGUAACACAUUACUGAUAUUUCAAGCCAGUACGAUGGGUAGUAAAGAUUCCCCCGUAUAUGUUAUACCGGCUGCAACCGACCAUCCUAACUUAGGUGUUAAAGCCAAUUUGGUUUAACUUGCUCUUCAAGAUAGGCAAAUCCAGUCACAUCAAAGUGGUAGCUACAGCCAACAAUAAGUAUUUUUUAAAUCACAUUAUAAAAAGCCUUAGAUACGUGUUUAAUGCUCAUUGGAAGCUAAGCCUGCAGCAACGUUUGUUGGUUAAUGCUGACGUAAGUGAAACCAAUGCACGAGACUUCUUUUCUGCCCUAAAGUAUCAGUUGCACAGCAAAACAUUAGCAAGUUUCCAAGCUUGAUAACUGUUUGGUAAACUUCAUUGUUUUUACUCGGCAAUCACUGAGAGUUGGAUUUCAUGACAUGAGUGGCUUUCCCUAGUUAGUGGAUUCUGUGCUGCAGAAUAUUUUGUUACAAAUUCACAUAUACUAUCAGACUUCGGGCGAAAUUAGAAAGAAUCAGCUUAGCAACAACUGAACUGCAUAAUUGGUGAGCGGCCACUAAACAGUUAAAAAUACACAAUAUAUUUGUGCUAAUCGGAGACAUUAUCAAUUAAUUGUAACUCAGAAUUUGACUUGAUAUUACGUAUACUGUAGCCUUUCUUUAAUAUCUACAGCUAUUAGUUAAGUCUUUGUUCAAGGCGAUUUUACACAUAAUAAAGUCAAAAUUCACUCAUUAUGCAACAUUUAUAAUUUGCAAUCAAAAAGUAAAAACUAUUAUUGCAUCACUAUGCCACUAAUUAGCGUGUUGAACUUCACGAAAGUACUACCAGGUUGAUUCUUCCCACUUUAGUAAAAAUUAAAACUAAAAAAGUAUUUACCCGAUAAAGUUUGUAUGUUUUCUCCUUUUUUAUAACUUUAGUUAAAAGCUCUGCUUAAAUGCAGUGUGAUAAGACAAACAAACAGGGUAAUACGCUACCCGUCGCUCCAGAAGUAUUGGAAAAUUGUUUAAAAACUACUCAGUUUCAUUGAGGUUAUAAUUGACUCCAAGUAUCAUCUUCAUAAAAGUCAAAUGCCAUUAGAUAAUAGGAGGUUGAGAUUUAAAAUAACUAAUUUAUAUGCCUUACAAUUUUUAUGAGAAAUAGAUUGCUAAGUUUGUUUUUGGUGACAACUCGUAUAGUAAUAAGUAAACGUAUGUUUACUUCAAAGCUCCACAUUGUUUAAAGAUGAAUCCUAACGCAAGGGAUAGUAAUUGGACUUAAUGCCACAAUUAUCGUCAAACUCUUCAAAAUUAAUAUGUAGUUGUAAAGAAUGUUCUUGAUCAGUAAAGUAAUUCAUUUUAUUUAUUUUGAUAGGCAUAAAGUUUAUAUAUAUUUCAAAUCAAAUAAGUUGUAUUCUGCAUGAGACAAAUGCUAAUUUACCAUGUGAAUUUACUGUAAUAAAAAUCUAUAAUCGUACGUCCAAAACAUUGAUUUUGAAGGCUGAUUUUCAUCAAACAUGAUUGAAAUAUUCUGAAAAGAAUUGACUGUUAACUUACAUAAUUUUAGAUUAAAAUGUUAGUCAUUCAGUUUAGUAGGAUUCAUGUUCUCAUUUAAUAAAAUGAUAAAAACACGGAGUUCCAGGUCUAAUUUUGUACAUUCUCAUUAUUUUUAGCUUGUUCACUUAACUGUGAAAUUAUUCCUAAUAAAAUUCCUCUUCAGUCAGUGAAUGGAUCAUUUGCACAGAAAACAAAAAUAAAUGAAUUUUUUCCUCGUUUUGACAAUGUUGAUGGUCUUAGUGCUAAAUCUCGACAGUCUGAUUCACUAUAUAAUUCAGUUAGCAUAGAACCAGUCAGUCCACCAGUGUUUGAAAUACCAAUUCAAAUACCUGAUAUAAAAUCUGACAGUUCAUUGUCCAAGAGGUUUGUAACGAAAGACGAUUCUGUAUCUUCAUCGAUCAUGCGCUAUCAUAGUGUAUGCAGUGGAAGUGCAGAAAAAACUCACACCAUACCUGAAAUAGAGGAAUGGUCAGCAAUCGAAGUUAACUCUCAUCAUAAUGAAUAUACUCGACGUUUCAGUGUUAAGUCAGCCCCUGAAGACGUACAACACUGUUUGCGGAUAAUACCUAAACGAAGUGCUACCAAAAAAUGGUUUAAAUUCCGGCUUCCCAAAAGCAGUUUUAACUUAAAGUCUCACAUUGGAAAUAAAUUAUCUACAGCUAAAGAGGAAAUAUUCGAAUCAAACAGUGUAUUUAUGGGAACUAGUUCUCACGAAAAAGCAUCAACUCUAGAAAAAGAAUAUAAUGGCUGUGCUGAAGUCAAUGGUACCCUCUUUCCUCCAAUACUCAACAGAAAAUUGAGUAUAAACAUCAUAAACAAACCAGAUGAAAGGCUUCACCAUCCACCACUUACCAAUGUAUGUGCUCAGUUAUUCCCCCGAUUAUUUCGUCAGAAUGAAUCUUCGUCUAAUUAUUUAUCAAGUGGUUUUUUCCCUAGAAUACAAAGGCUAUCCACAAACACUAUUCGUCGAGUAAAGCGAAAAAAACGCACUGCUAGGAAAUUGGAUAAAAUUUCUACUCAAGCUUCUGUAGAAGAACAAGAAGAAGAGUUUCGCUUAUUACCAUUAUAUACCAAACGGCGUUCAUCAAAAUUCUCUCAUUAUGGGAAUGUUGGGUUAAUUAAAAAUAAAGGGAACUUAUUAGUUAAAGAAGUAGAGUAUAACUUUUUGAACAGAUCAAAUCACUCAUCGGAUAAAGAAUUUUUAGAAAAUGACUCGUUUAAUACCCCAAUAAUGAAUUCCAAAACAUGGCCAAUCGGUUCACCUAGCUCAAAGGUAUCUGGCGAAAUUGCUUGUCUUUAUCGUGGAUUGAUCGAAACAAUAGGAAGCGAUAAAUUGAUUGAAUCUACUUCACAAACAUGGAGUCAUUUCACUCACAGAAAACCUCAGUCUUCAGAUAAAACUAAUCUACCUCAUUGUACUAUUGAUCAUACAAAAGUUACGGAUGAAAUAGUGUCAAGUAGGGAAGCGACUGAUGAAGCACUAAAAAAUACUACCAUCAGUUCUAAACCGAAUCAAUCAAAUAAAUCUUCAACAAAAAAUGAACUAUUUUUCAAUAAAGUAACACAAAAUCUCGAAAACUGUGAGGUGAGGAAUUCUUCAAACAGUUCUGAACUUCAAAAUGAAUUAAAAGCAGAAAACUUCAAUCAUUCAUCAACAAAUGACAGUACACACUAUCCAUAUGCUAAAUACGUUGCAGCUAUGAUUGAUGCUUUGUCUGAACGUCUUAUGGGUAAAAUAUCAGAAGAUGAUUUAGAAUUACGUUUUCAGACUUUAGAAGCAGAAGCAUCUAAAGCGGCCAAACACAAAAAUGCUCAGUCUGUUAAACGUGAACGAUUCUACUCGGUUGGUAAUGGAGCUGAGAAUUUACGUUGUCAGAAUUCCUUAGAAAAUACAACACGGGGUAAUUCAUCAUCAGAUGAAAAUAUAUUCAAUAACAUAACAGAAAGAAAUGAACUAAAGAAUAGACGAUGCCAUUCUGUAACUAAUUUUUUUGCUACGACAAAAUCAUCAGACUUACAUAAUGCAUCAUCAUUAGAAUCAAGCCAACGUAAUUUGAAAUAUUCUUGUUUAGAACAGGUGAAACGAUUACAACUUCGAAACAAAUUAAUUAUAACAGAGGAUUUAUUAAAUCGUCUUGUAAAUCAUACAAAUUAUCCGAAUUUCGAGGCUGAUAUCCUAGAUUUAUUAGGUCGACAACCGAAUUGGCAUAGAAUCGCUAUUCUUUAUUAUCUUACUAGAUGUUCAGUUAGACAUAUAUUAAAUCUACAUAUAGAAAAGUUGGAAACAAUACAAGAGUCAACUUCAAGUUCAUCAAUGUUACGUCAAUCGAUAAAUAUUAAUUCAGAUAGUGAGGAAAUUGAUGGAAGUUAUUUACAAUCAUCAGGAAGUAAAUCACCUCCAAGUAAUUUUUAUCCAUCAAAUUCAACAUAUGAAACAAUAAUUCGUGAUACUGGCCAAUGUCGAGCAAUUAUAGGCCGAAUCAAAGAUUAUACAAUUACUUUUUUUACACGUUGGUAUGCAGAUUGGGUAUAUAAACGUGGUGGUUGGCAAUCUGUAAUCGAGGAAACUGAAGAUUCUGAACUAGACUGAAUUGUCCAUUACUUUAAUUAGUAUAGAUGUUAUUUUUUUAACGAACACACAACUCGGUGCUUAAUUUUUGUCAAACUAUUCGUUCUAAUGUUGACGAAUAUUCGUAUAGACAACUAGUCAGUAUGUGAUAAAUUAUGUGUAGAGUUUAUAAACCUAAAUUUUAUACAUAAAAAGUAAUUUGUUUAUGAUAACUUCAUUUGUAUGUCAUAUAUAAUAUAUGUGAGGGACAGAAAUGACAAUCGAUUCAUAAUCCUUUUUGUUUCCGAAAAUUGUAAAUUUCUACAUGUUUAUGUAGCAAUCAUCUUUUUCAAAAAUGUAAUUUCACUGUAUAUGCUCCUAAAAACAAUAUGAUAAUACAAUAUAUUGUUAGUAUGU